CAGUGCCAGAGUGACUGAGGCUCCCCUAGUGUGCUGGUGGACACAGUGCGAGACGGCGGUCGUUUUCCCGCGAGUGCCUCAGUAUCCCGCCGUCACCCGAACAGUGCGGUCGCAAGCAAGCAAGCACGACAGAAGCCUUUUUUCCAUUUUAGGCCGCGAGUGAUUUCAUAUUUUCAAUGAGAUAGAGAGAUACUGAUUGUAUUCAUUGUUAGGUAAUGCGGUUAGACUUUUAGGCAUAAACGAAGACUGAGAAAGACAAUAAACUUGGAAUCUUCUACUUUUUUAUUUGAACUUGAGAAGUAAGGAAAACAGAUACCCAGAGGACGAUUGUAAAUAGCGUUUAUUUACUUCCUUUGUUGUUGAGCUCUUUCUUUCACGAGGGAAGAAAGUUGGUGUGAUAUACCUGCCCAGACGCCAGGAGGUGGGCGUCACGAUGAGGUGGGCGUGGCUAUGGGCUUGUUUGUGGGCGGUCCUCGUUCCGGCGGGACUCGCGAGCAAGUGUCGUCGUGCGCCCUUGAGCACUAACGCCCCCAAGACACCAGGAGAUAAUUCCUUUAAGAUUAGCAUAAGUGGCAACCCUGACAAGUACUUCCCUGGGGAAGUGUACACAGUGAGCCUGCAGGGAUGGCGCACGCAGUACUCUGUUCAGAAGUUCAUCGGGUUCAUGCUCGUGGUGGAGCCGUCACACACGCCGGUCGACAUCUUCGGCCCUCAGAGUGUGGGCACUUUCCAGCUGUAUGGAGACGCCCUGACGAUGCACUCUGACGACUGCCCCAACGCCGUCACCCAGACCUCGUCCAUCUUGAAGAGCGAAAUACAGGUUCUUUGGACGGCACCUCCUGCUGGCUCCGGAUGCGUCUCCUUCAGAGCGACCGUCGUGGAGACUCGGGACGUGUGGUACAUGGACGACGGCGAACUGACGAAGGAGCUGUGCGAGGAAGUGCAGGAGAGCGAGAACAUGCAGCCAGAGAUCAUCCAUGACUGUUUCGCUUGUGAUGAGGCCAAGUAUGAGGUGACCUUCGAGGGACUGUGGUCGCGACACACGCACCCGAAGGACUUCCCGGACAACGAGUGGCUGACGCACUUCUCCGACAUCAUCGGCGCCUCGCACUCGUCCAACUACCGCGUCUGGGAGUAUGGAGGAUACGCCUCAGACGGCCUCAGGCAGGUGGCCGAGUGGGGCUCUACUCGCACUCUCGAGAGCGAACUCAAGACGAAGAGUGACCACAUCCGGACAAUUAUCAAGGCCCGCGGUCUCUGGUACCCCAACGUCAACGGCAAAACCUUCGCUGUUUUCCGCGUUGACAACAGGCAUCAUCUCAUGUCCUUGGUGUCGAUGCUGGGACCUUCUCCUGACUGGAUCGUAGGCGUCUCUGCCCUGGAGCUUUGCCUAAGGAACGGGUCUUGGCUGAACGAGAAGACGCUCAACCUGUAUCCUUGGGACGCAGGCACGGAUUCAGGAGUGACGUAUGAGGCUGCAAACACGCCAACCAUCCCAAGGGAGAAGAUUCGUCGGAUUACCACCAGUUACCCGAACGACCCGAAUUCGCCCUUCUACGACCCCAGCGGAAAGGAGAUGAAGCCUUUGGCGCGGAUCACCAUCACUCGUCAGCGCGUCUACGAGAAAUCUUGCAGCGAAACCCACGGGCCUUAUGAAGACUACGACCUCAAUGACUUCGAGGAGAGCGACGAAGAUGCUAACAGACCCGAGUGCCAGGUCACCGACUGGUCGCCCUUCUCCGAGUGCUCCGCCUCCUGUGGCAAGGGACUGAGGAUGAGGACGAGGUCGUACUUGAUGCCCAUGAAAGCAGACAUGAUGGGAUGCAGGAGACAGCUCGAGGAGAAGGAGAUGUGCCUGGCCAAGCAGCCCACGUGUCCUCAUGGCGGGUUCAUGCCGUAUUUCGAUGAGUUCUCUACCCGGAUGUGCGCCACUUCUGAAUGGUCGCCGUGGACUUCCUGCCCAGUCACCUGCGGGAAGUCACAACGCAUGCGCAGUCGACGCUACGAGAAACACAUGGACAGGAAGAAGUGUAACAAGGAACUAGUGGAGAAGGAACCCUGCAUGGCUGAUAUCCUGGAGUGCGUGGAGCCAGAGGAGGAGAUCAGCCCCGAAUGCGCCGUGACGCAAUGGACCGACUGGUCUCCGUGCACGAGGACCUGCGGCGAAGGAACUAUGUCCCGCCACCGCAUUCCUUUCACUCAGAGCUUCGAGCAUUGCAACGUCCGCACCAAUGACGUCAAGAAGUGCAGCGAGCGUAUCAAUUGCACGAUUCACCCGUCGGAGAGAGAAGAGGUGUGCCUGCAGGAGAGAGAAGAAGGUCCCUGUCGCGCCGUCCUGAAGCGGUUCUACUACGACGUGGACCACCAGCAGUGUCGUCAGUUCACGUACGGAGGCUGCAAGGGAAACAGGAAUAAUUUCGAGACCUAUGACGAGUGUGCGCAGGCGUGCGAGUUCAAGCCUCGCCCGUCUUCCUUGCCUACCCAUCGCCCCACCAUCCCCACUCGGAACCGCGUGGCCGACGUCGACUGCCAGGUCAGUCCGUGGAGCGAGUGGAGCAGCUGUUCCAAAACCUGCGGCAAGGGAUGGAUUAGCAAGACGAGGGAGAUUCUGGUCUUCCCUCAGCACGACGGCCGCCCGUGCCCCAAGAAACUCAGAAGAAGACGCAAGUGCAUCAACCCCAAGUGCAACGACGGCUACAACGGCCUCCAGAGCAUGAGUCUCCACCGCGAGGUCCCGCACGAGUCCUACCACGAGGCCCCCCGCCAGCCGACCGAGGACAACCACAGCUACCAGGAGUCCUACCUGCCCUACCCCGAGACCAGCCACCACCGCCUGUACCCCGAGACCAACCCCGCCUACGCCGAGACCAGCCACCACCUCUACCCGGAGACCAACCAGGCCUACCACGAGACGGAGCAGCCCUACCGCGAGAACUACCACACCUACAGGGAGGGCUACCGACCCCCCGUCCAAGAGCAAGGGCCAGACCACCCCUUCCCGACGACCUCCUCCUACUACCCCUACGAGUACCUGGCGCCCUCGCUCUUCAACCCGCCCCCCCUCAACGCCGGCGUCGAGGACACCCACGAGGCGGUGGAUGACGGCGAAAAGGUCGACUGCGUAAUGGGCGAAUGGGGGCCGUGGUCACCUUGCACCCAUUCCUGCGGUUCCGAAGCGUUGCAACAGCGUUCCCGAACCGUCAUCGCCGAACCAAGGAACGGAGGGAAGGCAUGUGACGAUCGCUUGCAACGUCGCUAUUGCACGCUGCCCCCAUGCCCUCAUCCUAGGUAUGUUGAUUUCAGGUCCAUACCAUGGAGUAUAAAAUAUUAAAUAAAAGGAAAAAUGUAAGGUGUCAAACAGGAGGAAACGGCAAAAGGCUGAGGGUGGAUCGGCAACUUGCAAGAGGGGAUCCAUCCACAUACUCAUCUGCAACUCUGAAGAAGAAGAAAAGACUCACACACAAACUAAAAUACUCAUCAUGAGUGAACUUGGAUGACCUAUGAUGGCUGUAGUUAAUGAGCUCGUUUUGUGGUUGAGAUUAGGAAGAGAAGUGAAAGAGAGAGAGAUAAAAAAAAGAAAGAAAGAGAAGGAAAGUGAGUGGGGAAGAGAACGAGAGAAAACAAAGGAAUCCAAGAUCUGGGUUUUGCGUUCUUCGUCACGGAAGGCAAUGGAGAUUUAAUUCAAAAUCAUUAAGUGUUACAUUAGCCAUGUUUAGGAACCUUCUAAACCUGAUGCAUUAUGAAAAGGGAUAGUUUUCAUUUCUAUCAAUUUGCUGUUUCAUUUUGUUUACAAGAAAUUUGUGUCCAUGUACAAUGUACUACAAAAUAUAAUGAUAGCUGUUUAAUACAUAUUACACUAGCAUAAACAAAAAAUACAUUUCCAAGGAACCAACAAAAAAUUGUGUCCUGCAACAAUGACAUCCGGAAAGCACAACAAAGAACAUAAUCCUAUAGCAACCAAAUCAUGAACAACCUGACAUUCAUUAAAAGAAUAAACAACAAAUCCUACAAAAACAAAACCACACUUUGAAUCCCCAAAUAAAAAAGUCACAUGAACUAUACACCGAAAAAAACACAUUCCUAAACCAACAAAAACACAUCAUAAAUUCUACAACAAAGAAAUUGAAUGCUACGUUAUUCCGGGGUUGGAUUCUCUUUGACGAAUGGACAGCGUCUGUCUCGCCCAGAGUGCCAUCAUGCAGAGGAGAGGAACGGCGUGAAACAUGCUUCCAGAAUAUAUAAGAAGAGAGAAAGA